AUGGAGGAUGCCAUUGAAUUUAAUUUCCACGAAGCAGAAUCGGAGGAGAUGAUUGCCCCAAAGGGAGAGCAGACAGGAUCAGAGGAGGCGGCCUUAAUCGAACAGUUUCGCCGCCUCUUUGCGCCCAUUUUGGAUGAUAGUUUGAGUCUGUACUACCAACUCAACGAACUGGAUAACGCGGAGCACGUGAGGAUUCACCAAACGGUGGCCCAGUUGCAUGAGCUGACCAGCAGCGAGGAGGAGACGAUGGUGACCCAGGUGAACAGCCCAUCGCCGCCGGUGGAUGUGGAGCUACUGCUGCCACUUUCGAGUGGCACUUCCACAUCCAGUAGCUCCCUCUACGCCAUUCACACCCCCUCGCCGGCUCAUCCCAGCGGUGUUCUCCUGAUGCCCCAGUUUCUGGAGUCACCAAUGCUGUCCUGCAGUGAUGCCAUCACGAUCACCGAGCAGGUGCAGCUGCAUAGUCCUCCGCAUCACCUGCAGGUCCUCGAGGAUGAGAACAACACAUCCUGUUCGCUGUCAUCGAAUCUGACGGAUAGCAAAACCCUGGAUGGUCGUACCCCCAUUGUGGUGUGAUGGAUUCGCAACCCCCGAUCUGCUUAACUUGUGAUUUUGUUUACACAGUCUUAAGAACAACAGCAAACAGUUAGCGAAAAAUAAACAGCUUAAUGUUUAAUAUAGUCUUAAAUAAUGUUUGUGUGUAUGUGUCUGUCAAAGUUGUUUAAAUAUUAGAUGCGUUUAUGCGGAAGAGACUACAUUAAAUUCCUGCUAAAUUUAGAUUAACAAUAAUUUUCUUGUGUCAAAUAUUUCAAAUGCCUUCUCAAUUAAAUCGAAGGACAAGAAAUUGUUAUAAAUAUCCCACCAAUUAAUUAUCUAAUUUCAUGAUUUUUUUUUAAUUUAAAAUGUUAUUUCGGUUUAAUUUGAACUGUUAUUUUCUCAAAAAUAAAUAUGUUUAAACGUGAAUUUGGCCCUAUGUUUUCGCACUUAACGAAUUAGUACUUUUAGAAGCUUCUCAUCAUCUUCAACUUUCUUACCGCAUAAGCGCAUUAUUACUGUAUAUGUUAAACUGCUUAAAUUUGGCUUUUUAACCCUACACCAAACCAUUUUCCCAUCAUCCAUGAUCUCCAUCGGUUUUGAAAAAAGGAUCAACAUUGAGCAAAUUUUUCUCACUUCGUUCGGAAGGAAAUUGUAUAGGGAACGGUAGACAGCCAGAUGGUCUGAUGGAACUCAAAGAGUACAUCGAUAGCCCUUAGGGACUUGGCAUUAACAAAUCUCAUUUAUCUCUCAUGCACCUAGCGAAAUAAAUUGUAUUUUCCUUGUUCUUUCUGCACUCAUUCAUAGAAAAUUAUUCUUUGCUUUGUAGUUAAAUUUACAUUAUUUCCAUCAUCAUAUAAUCGCUAUAAAUUACCACCUAAGCUUAGCAAAGAGUCGAUUUUAGUGUACAAGAUGACAUAUGCAUAUAUACGGAUAUAAUACAUGAAUAAAUUGAAAUUUUAGCGUACUAUUUUAAGAUGAGAAAGUGUUAACAGACGCGCAAUUCUUCUUCAUACAGUUGGGCAAUACGUAUUAUGAAAAGUAUUCAGAUUAUACAAACAUAAAAACAAAAGAAAAUUAUAACUGAAUACAAAAUAUAACAUAUUUAUAUAGUAAGUUAAUGUUAAAUUAAAAUAUUGUAAUGGAAACAACAUGACAAGA